CACCUACCAUGUGUCAAGUAUUGGACCAUGAACGUAUUUAAAUGAUCCAGCACGCCGGAUCCGAGUCACAUUGAUUUAACAAAAACAAAGGGUACAAAAGAAAACAAGAUUUCCUAGGUACGCUGGCCCAUGUAUUAGUUCAUCCCACCUUUUUCUAAUAUCACGUUCCAUGCUUAUAUAUCAACCCCACGCUUCCUAUGUUUCCAUUGAAAAUCUCCCUUCUUCCUUCAUCAUGCCUUCUCCAUCUCUUCCAACCAUCCAUGCACCACAAUCCAUGCCACUGGCAGUGGGUCGACGUCUGGGACCCAGCAAAAGGAUCGAUGCGUCCGGCCGAGAAGAAAAUGAAGCCGUUGAUAUCGACUCGUUUGAUCUAUUUGGGCCCACAGGAGUCGGUAUCAAAUUGGACGGCGAUGAUGGCACUGCUAAGUUAAAGUGGUUACAAACCCAAAUUAUUGGGGCCAAUGCUGAGUUCGAUUCACCGUUUGGACGUCGCUACAUCACGUAUUCAGAUCACACGGCUUCGGGGAGGUUCUUGAGAGUUGUGGAGGAGUUUUUGGAAAGGGACGUCCUCCAAUUCUACGGCAACACUCAUACUGUGGACAGUUACGUGGGACUCCACACAAGCAAGCUGGUGAACGAAUCCUGCCAAUACAUCAAACGUUGCAUGGGCGCGGGACCCCACGACGUGCUGCUUUUUUGUGGGACCGGUUCAACGGCCGCCGUCAAACGUUUACAGGAGGUGAUGGGAGUCGCAGUCCCAUCGAUCAUGCGGUCCAGAGUCAUGGACUGCUUGACACUGUCCGAGCGGUGGGUUGUUUUCACCGGGCCCUACGAGCACCACUCGAACCUGCUAUCUUGGCGAGACUGCCUAGCCCAAGUGGUCGAGAUCCGACUCAGUGAGUCAGGACUCAUUGACGUCGGCUCAUUAGCAGCGGCACUCGAGUCGCCAGAAUAUUCCGGUAGGCCGAAGCUGGGGUCUUUCUCAGCGUGCAGCAACGUCACUGGGAUUUACACGGACACACGAGCCAUCGCACGUGUAUUGCACGAGCACGGUGCAUUUGCAUGCUUCGACUUUGCUUGCAGUGGGCCAUACAUAAAUAUUGAAAUGAAAUCGGGUGAAUUGGACGGAUAUGAUGCGGUAUUUUUGAGCCCUCAUAAAUUCAUAGGUGGGCCCGGGAGCCCCGGGAUUCUGGUGAUGAGUGAUGCUCUCUAUCGCCUCAAGGACGCGCCUCCUUCUACCAGCGGCGGUGGGACAGUUCGCUACGUCAACGGAUACAGCGAUCAGGACACCCUCUAUUGCGAGGACCUGGAGGAGCGGGAGGAUGCGGGCACGCCCGGAAUCGUGCAGAAGAUACGUGCGGCGAUCGCGUUCCGUGUGAAGCACCACAUGGGUCACGAGCUCAUACGUGCCCAAGAGAGCUUGCUGAUGAGCCGAGCGUCUGAGAGGCUACUGAAGAACCCCAACGUCCAUGUACUUGGAAACACGUGCGCCGAGCGCCAGCCCAUCGUCUCCUUCCUCGUCCAUCCCGAGUCCGCACGUGGGAAGCACUUACAUUGCCGGUUCGUCACCAAGCUCCUGAACGACUUGUUCGGGAUCCAGGCACGUGGGGGAUGCGCGUGCGCGGGCCCCUACGGUCACGUGCUACUCGGCAUCGAUAGAGCUCGUGCCCAGGCAAUCCGAUCAGCCAUCCAAAAGGGGUACGAGGGAUUGAAGCCAGGUUGGACGAGGGUGAGCUUCAGCUAUUAUACGGCAGUGGAAGAAAUGGAAUUUGUGGUUGAUGCGAUUGAGUUCAUUGCAACCUACGGCCAUCGAUUCCUCCCUCUCUACCACUUCGAUUGGAAAACCGGAGAUUGGAGCUUUUUAGACAGUACCAGUGCAGUGAAACCAACAUUCAGGAAAACAUGCACAAGCAGCCAAGAGAAUGACCCAACAUGUACGGACAUCAGCGUAAAAUACAUGGAAUAUAUGGAAGCAGCCAAACAUAUUGCCGAGACUCUAUCAAACCAUCCAGAAGAGCAACCCUGUCCUGAAUAUAUUGAUCCAAAGCUUGUCAUAUUCAGAAUAUAAACGCAAGCUACGAGGGUUGUUAAUGUGUUUGAA